AUGUGGUCUGGCAACGAUAGCGGACAAGCUACCGUCCUUAGACGCAGACGUCGCAGAGGCGGUAGAGGUCGCAGAGGCCGCAACACCGCGAUGGCAGUCGAGAAUAACGCGAUGGAAGUCGACAAUACCGCCAUCGAUAUUGACGACACCGCCAUGGACGUCGAUGUCGACAAUGCCACCGUGGACGUCGACAACAUCACCACGGGCGUCAACCACAUCAACAUGGCGAGCACCAACAACCCCGCCAUCACCGACGCCCAGCGCCGCUGCAUUCUCCUCACCAUUCCCUACGAGAUCCGCUACAAGAUCUACAUCCAAGUCAUCAAGGGCUCCAACGUCACCUGCGACAGCAUCGUCCUCGUCCGCAACAACCGCCGCCUUCGCGGUGGCCCGGUCCCGGCCUGGGCAGCCACCGCAGAGCACAGCGACUUCCUCCUGGCCUGCCGCCAGAUCUACGACGAAGCCCGCCCCAUCUACUGGGCCCGCUCCCUCGUCGACUCGGGCGCCCAGCGCUUCCCGACCAUGGCGGACCUGUUGGGCCCCUUUGCGCGCCAGAACGCCGAGCACAUCCAGGGCAUCGUCGGCAACCUCCGAUAUUCUGAGCAGCCUGCUGAGUUUUUGGAGUCGUUCCCGCGCGCCAAGACGGUUCGGCUUUCUGAUAGCUUUGUCACGCACUUUUCGUACGAGAUGUUUGUGGGUGUCACCGAGGACGAGGAGUCUGUUGUUGCGCAUAUCAAGAAUAGAAUGGAGGCCAAGGGUUUGGACAAGUUGGUCGCCGAUGUUCAGUUCGGCCGGGGCGUGCAGUUCUUGGUUGCUGCCAUCUUGAUUGGACACCCUGUCAAGGGCGACGGUACUGUGGUUAAGGAUGAGAAGCACAAGCACAAGCAUUGCUUCUACAACAUGACUACUGGCAAGCUCUUGGUCGUUGACGCCGAGAUCCACCGCGGCUCCCUCCGCAAGUUCGACGAGGACCAUAUCGACCUUGACAACUUCGAGCAAGUCUUGGAGGGUCGCUAUCUUCGCGGAAUGAUGUGA